AUGGAGGUAGAUAGAAUAAAGGCUAAUAAUGUUUAUGUCAGAGUGGUGCCAGAUGAUGCACAGGACAUUGACGUGAUAAUCGGGCGCACAUUUACAGAGUUGCCACAUAUAUAUUAUACCACAGAGGAUGGACCAUGCAGCACUGGACCAGGACGAGGUAAAACUGGACCAGGCGAGGAAGGCACUGGACCUAGAGCGGACAACACUGGACCUAGAGAAAGCAGCGCUGGACCAGGAGAGAAAAGCACUGGACCUGGAGAGAGCAAAACUGGACCAGGAAAGGAAGGCGAUGGACCUAGAGAGGGCAAAGCUGGACCUAGAGAAGGCAACACUGGACCAGGAGAGAAAGGUACAGGACCUAGAGAUGGCAAAACUGGACCAGGCGAGGAAGGCACUGGACCGCAGGAGUAUGACACUGGAACGGGACAGGACGACAAUGGACCAGGAAAGGAUUGCGCUGAGGCAUGA